AUGAAAGAUAUAGUGAAAAACGAGACACUUUUUCAAGAUCAAGUUUUACCAAUACCAUCAAUUGCAACAAAUUUUACACCAUCAUCGUCAAGAAAUCAGCCAAAAGCAUCAACAUUUGACCAGUUUUUAAUUGCAUGUGGUCAACCUGAAGUUGUUAUUGAACCGAAGCUAAGCAAUAACAAAUUAAGCAUCAAUGAAGAACUAAAACUUUAUAAAAAAAACCAUGAUCGACUUCUACAGCAAUCGAUCCUUGACUGUAACAUCAUCACUUGA